ACGCACCCUCCGCCGGCUGAGGCUGGGCUGACGCGCCGCUGCGGGAGGAGGAUGCUGCGGGAGCUGCGGGAGUAGAGCGGCUCAGAGAUGGGGAAGGACCAGGAGCUGCUGCAGGCGGUGAAGACCGAGGACCUGCUCACCGUGCACAAGCUGCUGCAGAGGCCCGGGAAAGCAAAACUCCUCGGUUCUACAAAGAAAGUGAACGUCAACUUCCAGGAUACAGACGGUAGCAGUCCUGUACAUCAUCUAAAAAAAAAUAAAAAUUUAGAACUAAUUUCGCCAUUAUGUGACUCGACUCCAUGUUUGACUCGUGUUUGCACUGCAGGCAUGCGACCGCUGCACUACGCAGCCUGGCAGGGGAAGGCGGAGCCUAUGAAGAUGCUGCUGAAGGCGGGCUCGUCCGUCAACGGCCAAUCAGACGAGGGACAGAUUCCUCUUCACCUGUCUGCGCAGCACGGCCACUAUGAUGUGUCUGAGAUGCUGCUGCAGCACCAGUCCAACCCGUGUAUCGUAGACAAUGCUGGGAAAACUCCUUUGGACCUGGCAUGUGAAUUUGGCAGAGUUGGGGUGGUCCAGUUGCUGCUCUCGAGCAACAUGUGCGCUGCUUUGCUGGAACCUAAAAAGGGAGACACAGCCGACCCGAAUGGGACGUCUCCGCUCCACCUGGCUGCCAAGAAUGGACACAUAGACAUCAUCAGGCUGCUGAUCCAAGCUGGCAUCGACAUCAACAGGCAGACCAAGGCGGGCACUGCCCUGCACGAAGCUGCCCUCUGUGGGAAGACGGACGUGGUGAGACUCCUGCUGGAAUCGAUGGCGCUGUCAUCAAAUAUAAUUUACUGUCUCUUACUCACAGAUGCAUCAGCAGCCCUGCAGGUUCGCGCUCUGAAGGACUACUGCAACAACUACGACCUGACGAGCCUCAACAUCAAAGCAGGAGACGUCAUCACGGUUUUGGAGCAGCAUCCCGAUGGACGCUGGAAAGGAUGUAUCCAUGACAACCGGACAGGAAAUGAUCGAGUGGGCUACUUCCCGUCCACUUUGGUUGAGGUCAUCAGCAAGCGCACAGGUUUGGCCAGCACAGUCAUUUGCACUCAACAGUUUCAAAAGAUACCGCUGGUUCCCCCGGCAACGGUUGCCCCUGCCAACGCGGUAGUCAACGGCAACGACACCACGUUCCAUCAGAUCCAUAUCCUGCCUCCUCCGCCUCCUCCUCCACCACAUUCCCAUCAGCCACUGCUUCCACUUUUCACUUCCUUUGGCUAUAACAGGUCGCCCGUGACAACUCCACAGGGAGACACACCCACUGCCCCAGGUUAUCGAGGGUCAGAGGCAAGUCCUCACAGUUCUCCCACCCCAUCCAGCGGGCCCCAUGGAGGCUCCAACGAAGAGAUCUGGGUUCUGCGCAAGCCCGUGGCAGGUGGAGAUCGCAGCAGCGUGGGUAGCUCUGGAAGUGUGACCAGUGUGAGAUCUUCAGGCAGCGGUCAGAGUGCUGGCAGUGCCGCACACAUCCUCCAUGCACAGGCUGAGGGUGUGAAGCUUCUGGCCACUGUCUUGUCCCAAUCUACCAAAGCCAAGGAGCAUUUACUGGAGCAGUCGAAGUCUGUGGACCAACCUGCAGGUUCUGCCAGCUCCUCUCGCACAUCAAGCCAAUCAAGCUGUCCUCUCCAUGAAGCGCCGCCUUACGAUGCCACGGCAACCAGGAAGGGGGAGGUGCCCUGCGAAGGGAAGAGCUCAGAGGCCGUUGUCCAAUGGCUGAGCGAGUUUCAGCUUCAGGUCUACGCUCCAAACUUCCUGGGUGCAGGGUAUAACUUACCCACCAUUAGCCGAAUGACUCCGGAGGAUCUGACAGCAAUUGGAAUAACUAAACCAGGCCACAGAAAGAAGAUGACAUCAGAGAUUAACAAGCUUAGUGUCACGGAGUGGCUUCCUGAGCAGAAACCUAACAGCCUCGGAGAGUGGUUGUCUGCUAUUGGUCUAAGCCAGUACCAUCAAGUGUUGGUGCAGAACGGCUACGAAAACAUCGAUUUUAUCACCGACAUCACCUGGGAAGACCUACAGGAAAUCGGCAUCACCAAACUUGGUCACCAGAAGAAGCUGAUGCUGGCAGUGAAGAGGCUGGCUGAAAUGCAACGCAGUACUGAUGGGCGGAGCUCCCUCAGAAAGAGGCCACCACCAAUUACACAGCAACAGGAAGUCAUGUCAACGGACAGCCCACCCCCAGAUGAGGUCAUGUCUCCAAAGAUGAGCACCUUCCAAGACAGUGAGUUGAGCACUGAACUUCAAAGUGCCAUGACCCAGUCAGGUCAGGAGGUCAAAGCUCAGCGAAGUCGAACCCUGAGCAGAGACUAUGACGAGGCGAUGACAGGAGGUGGUGGACCGCCAAAGAAGGAGGCACGGACUGUGAGGCAGCAGAGCAGCCAAGGAAGCACCUCAUCCCACAGAGGCAGUGUAUCCUCACAAGGCAAACACCGUCACUCCCACUCCCAGCCUGCACCCCCCUACACACCACCUCACACACCUACCAAGACCAGGACUUCAUCUUCCUCCUCCACCUCCUCCGUUCAGAGCACAGCCUCCCCUCAGGCUAAGCCCAGGUCGUCUCCUCAACUAGUUCAGGGAGAGCAACCUCCGUCGUCCCACUCACAUCCUUCUCAGUCUCCAACACAGCGUGGAGCUCCAUGUCAGCUGCCCCAGCAGCAGCAGCAUCAACCUCAAGUCCAGCCGCAGCAUCAGGCGCACCCUCAGCACCACCCACAGACGCAGGUAAUGGAGGUCAGGGAGAACCAGCAGCAGGUUCCACACCUCUGUCUGCCUCCUGAGGCUGAAUUGGCUGAGGCAGAGGGAGCAGACCCUUCGUCUCUCAAGAAGAAACGUGCCCACAGCCUCAAUCGACACACCAUCUCAGAUGGGGAGUGUGAUGAAAGGGCAGGUGGAGGAGGUGGAGGGGGAGAAGUUGAAGUAGAAAGUGAAGCCAAGAUAGCAGUAGGUCCACCUUCCACCAUUGUGAGACCAGAAGGAGGCAAGUAUGCCACAGUGGCUGCCCGUGUGAGCCGAAGCCACUCUGUCCGCAACCAGGAGAAGACCACCAGCCGCAGCCACACCCAGUCCCUUGCUCUGCGUCAGAAGAAAAAAGGUCCCCCACCACCACCACCCAAGCGCUCCAGCUCUGCCAUCUCCAGCUCCAAUUCCAACCUGGCAGAGGCCAACACACAGCAGCAGAUGCUCACCAUCACUGGGGGCAUGCUAGAUGUGCCUUACCACCAACAGAGGCGGGCUAGUGACCUGGGGGUGUCCGUGGAGGCAGCUGCUGUGGAGACAAACAGCUUGGGCAAUGUGAGAAGCAUUGCCGCCAUGUUAGAGAUGUCCUCUAUAGGGGGUGGAGCCAAAGCCAUAGCGCAACAGAAGAAUUUCCUGCAGGUGGGAAAAUCCCGUGAUGCCAUUGGUUUAGAUGGAGAGGUGGUGAACCGACGGAGGACCAUCAGUGGCCCUCUAACCGAGCUGGUGGAGGCAGCUAGGCAUGACCAGCCGGACUUAACCCCAUUGUCCAACCAGCUCGAGUCCUCUCCUCCCCUUGUAAACUCCCCUUCACCACACCCACCGUCCUCCCCCCUGCCCAACUCAGGAGGCAGUGGCAGCUCAUCAGAGAACCUACCGUUUGCAGAUGAAGGAAGUCUUACCAUCCGUCGUCAGGGUCGAGGAGAAGGACAAGGACAGUGUGUAUUUUGUGUCUGUCUGCAGGGUGACGGCGAGCCUCCCCAGGGAGACAGCAGUUAUACCCAGGAGGAAACAACUGAACCGACAAUAACCCUGAAACGACGAUCCCGCAUUUCUAAGUCCCACCCCAAUGGCUCAGACUUUACCCUGCAGGAGUCGUCCACGGUCAAACGUCGGCCCAAGAGUCGCGACAAGGAACCAGAGGGCUACACAGAGCUGGCCACCACUAAUGGUGAACCUGUGAGUGCCGGGCCGCCCAACACCAUGCAGCCCAACACCAUGCAGCCCGUCCCAUACCAGAACGGCACGGCCACCGUGAAACGUCGCCCAGUGUCUGAAGUUGGAGUGACAGAACAGCCACAACCCCAACAUCAGCCCCAAGUGGCUGCCUCUGCCCGCAGGGACAGUUUGGACCAAGGAGCUCCAGCUGCAAGUGAUGGAGGUCCUGUGAGAAAACCAAAACCUCCGGUCUCCCCAAAGCCUGUGGUGUCACAGAUAAAGAGACAGGGAAGCUGCCAGACACCGCCACAGGCUGUUCCCAAUAAGAGAAUCCCGCUACCAGGCCCUGGGACACCUGGGAGUCCAGUGGAAGGAAAGAAGAUUCCUCCGCCAGUCUCACCUAAACCAGCUCCUCCGCCCACAGCACCCAAACCGGCCAAGCUUAUCCACUCCAUGACCAGCCCCUCCUCCCCGACAUCGGCUUCUGCCCCGGUCAAGCAGCACACAGCAGUAGCCCGACAGACCAGUUCACCCAUCUCCUUCCUUCCCUCCAACACGCCCAACUCUCCAAACGCCAAGGCGAUAAGUCCGUCCUCCCAAAGCCCUAACACUCCACAAACCCCCACUACGCCGCAGACACCCCAGACUCCUGCCACUCCCAGUCCAACUCUGCCACCCGUCAAGCCACCACGCUCAUCCAUUGGGGGCGUGUCAGUGGACAGUGGGAUUAUAGGGGGCGGGGUCACACCGCAGGCCUCUCCGGCAGCAGAUGUUAAUGUGAAUUCUUUGGUGCAUCAGAAGUUGGAAGAGACGAGCGCGUCGCUGGCUGCUGCUCUGCAGGCCGUCGAGGAUAAGAUCCUACGACAGGAAGACUCCAUGGCCGAGCAGAAGACCACCGUGAGCAUCCUCGAUGACAUCGGCAGCAUGUUCGACGACCUGGCGGACCAGCUGGACGCCAUGUUGGAGUAACCAUAUGGAGCGGUCAACACGUUUCUGCAGCAUCACGGCUGAAUCAGACGGCACAACAGGCAGCGUGCCUCCUUAUCUCUCAACAUUUCGCUCCUUCCUCCACUCCUCUCUGACACGCUCCUCCCGUCUUCAGAUGAAACUCCAUUCUUGCCUUCUUCCUCUCGCCUCCUGACGUUCGUUGAUGAAAAAACGACGACGGAGCGGCGUUGUAUGCCUGGUCAGAGACGUGGAAGAGAGAACGAACAAGUGAUGCACUUAAAGAGAGAUGAAUAAAAGACAUAAUGGAAAACAUUAGAAAAACAUGAAGAAUGGAUUGAUCAUGGAGAAACCUGCAGUCGAAACAUGAGUCUUUAAGAACUCCUAAUGGACUCUUGCAGUGAACAAAUACUAAUAUAGAUUUUAAAAACCAACUGUGUGAUGAAUCAUAGUAUGGUAUGUGUACAUUCUAAGCAUGGAGAGUUUAUAUCUACUGAAAAAGUCCUGCAUUAGCACAGUAAUAUAUGAUAUAUACCGAUAAAUAUGAAUCUCUAGCUCUUUGGUUCGAUGUCUUGGUUCUGUGUGGAAUGGUGACCUCUGGUGUUGUGACGAUGUAAAUGAAUUGGUGGAACAUUUUUAUCUGUGACCAAAUUGAGACCAUUCAACUCCUGAAGGGUGUGCACGUCUGCUUGUGUGUGUGUGUGUGUGUGUGUGUCGACAGGAGUUCAGGAUCAGAUUCAGGUUCUUGUCUUGGCUGCAUCUCCGUCACGUCAUUUUCAUCCACCAUGAAUAUGCACACACAAGCCCACGUGCACGCAGGAGAAGCACAAUGACACAUGCAACUGACUUGCGCACACACACCCACACACAGAUAAUACGAACUAAACCAGAUUUAAACUACACUGAGGCUUCAGCAGGUUGUGACGUGGAUUCAGCAGGUAACAAAAGUAGAUGUUUCGGGAAAAGAUCUAAGGAUGUUAUUAAAAUCAGGACCAUGGAGAAAAGUUUUACAAGAAUAGGAAAUAUUUUGCUAAGUGUCUCCAAACCCACCCCCCACCCCCCGUGAACGUCAGCACAAAGCAGUCAGAGCUGCAAGACCAGAAAGAGGGCUUCAAAAACUCUGCUCCCUGACCAGGUACAGCAGCAAACUUCAGGUUCCAUGCUCGCACACACACAUUUGUCGUUCUAUCUUUACAGGGACUUUGAAUUGGCUUCCAUUCAUCUUUCAUUCAUUUCUGUAGCCUAACCCUGACCCUUACCCUAACUAUUACCAGUACUUACCUAACUUUACACCUAACCAUUACCAGUACAUACCCCUGAACAUCACUCAUCCCCAAUGCACACCUUAGUCCUAAACCUCUAACUCACCAACAGCACUUCUUCUUAUGGGGCCCGUAUGGAGCAGCUGGUCCUCACAAUGUAGUAUUUGUUGGAAAAACAGGCCUUAUAAGGUAACACAAAGGCACACACACACACACUCCAUCCUGAUAAUGUCAACUUCAACACCUUUGCUCUCCUUCUGCUCAGACUUCAACUCUGUACAACUCCAAAUGAAGAGUCUCACUCGCAUUAUUGAGUCAAAGAAAGCUUAUUGUGUUUUUGACAAUUCACAUAAUUUAGUAAACUGACUAUUUUAAUUUAUUAGAACUGGAGUUAGCUGCAGGGCUUAAUUUGAGCCGCAUCCUGUCGGAAUAAGAUCCUGGAAUGCUCUCAUUUUGGCAGGGUGUGUUCUGGCAACUGUUUGCUCAGAUCCGGCAACUCAAAUCUCUGCCCCUAAAAGUUCAGUCAUUGUGCAUUUUUGUUUUGAUUAUUUAUUAAAAGUAAAAUGAGAAGAGACAUUGCCCUUGGCCUGGCAGAUCCAGUCUGUGGAGGGGAUGUUCUGACCGCAGCUCACGCACCAGCUCACGCACAUGCUCCUGCCCAGCAGAGACGCCGACAGCGUGUUGCCCGGGGAUGAAGCGUCUUCAUCCAACACCUUCAGAGGCGCGCCCUGCGGACAGUGCAGGUUACACACAGGAGCGUCUCCAGACAGCUCUAUGGAGUGCGCACAUAUGGAGUGAUAUGUUGGAACUGGCACAUACAUUUCAUCCAUCCAUCAUCUUCCGCUUGUUCCGAAGUCGGGUCGCGGGGGCAGCAGCUUGAGCGGGGAGGCCCAGACAUCACUUUCCACAGCCAACGAAUGAAAUGUUUGAUGUGUAUUAUUCACAUUAAUCAUGUGAAUA